CCGCCAGCCGCCCUUUCUCCUGCGUUUCCCCCAGCUCCCUCUCCCAUGAACACCACCCGCACCUGAACCAUCCAACCGCGCGACCGACGCUGCAUCUUGCAAGCCCCGGAGCACUCAGAGCGCCAAGCGUUUGCUCUCCCUCUAGCUGCCCCGUCCUUGACCUCCUAACCUCGCCCGCUCCACCACACCGUCACCCACACUACCACUCCGCGCACUCUCACAAGUCCCCUCACCGACUUGCAUACAAAUACACAUUCCGUCCUUCACAUGUCUGACGUACAGUCUAGGCCCGCCCCGCGCGGCAGGAGCUCCGCUCGCGGUGGAAGAGGCGGACAUGGGUCUCGAGGGCCGCGAUCGAGCAAACAGACCAACGGCGACCAUCAAGCAUCAACUAACAUCGACACAUCUGCAGACCAAGGCGAGCUCCUCGAGCUGAAGCGGCGACACAGGGACCAAUUGGCCACAUUGAAAGAACUUUUCCCAGACUGGACCGAUGUCGAUCUCCUGCUGGCUAUUGAAGAAUCUGCCGGAGAUCUCGAGGCCACAAUUGGGAACAUCAGUGAAGGCAACGUCUCUCAGUUCUCCGAAGUCAAGAAGACAAAGGACCGAUCCCGUUCCAAGGUGAAGGAAGCAGGCACUGCGCUGGCAGAUGCUGUUCCGACCUCACGCGGGGGUCGCGGCCGUGGUGGCGACAGCGUUCGUGGCGGUCGCGGACGUGGAACCGAGCGUGGCCGUGGUGGUUUUCGCGGCGCUCGCGGAGGAACGACAAAUGGCACGCGACCAGCUGCUACAAUCCCGGUCGCCUCCAAUGAUGUGCCCGCAUGGGAUACUCCAGCCACGAAUGAAGAAAAGGAGGCUGGCCAUGCCGCGGCGGGAGAGCAACCUGCUGCGACGCAGACCCCCGAACCCGAGCCAACGAAGCCUGCGGCGGUGCCCCAACCGAAGAAGACAUGGGCCAGCAUGUUUGCGAAGCCCAAGCCAGCACCUGCCCCUCCAAAGCCUGCCGUUCAGCCCCCCAUUCCUCACGAAGAACCCUCUCCCUCCCCAGCCGAGACUCCUGCACAUGAAGUAGCUCAAGAAGCCACAGUAGAGGCAGAGGAACUGCCUAUACCCCCAAUUGUGGAUGAGAUUCCAGAGGAGCCCCCGGUUGUCGUCGAGGACCCAGCAGCUUUGACCCCAGACAAACCACAAGAAGACCUCAGCCCCCAGCUGGAGAUUACUCCUUCUAGGGACGAGCUCACCAAGGACAAUGUGGAGCAUCUCCCAGAUGUAUCGCAUUCGGCUCCGACGGAGACAGCUGCUAGCACUGUAGCUAGCUCGAGAGACAUUGGUAGCAUCGCUGGAGUGGCUACUCCUUUGAGCACAUCUGCUCAGGCGCCAAUUGGUCGUCCGGCUAUUGGUGGAUAUGCAACGACCGCGCUCAAGGCCACGGGAGCACCCCACCGUAGCGCAAGCUUCCAGAGGAGGCUUAUGGAACAACAAGAAGCCGUAGUCAUGCCCGGCAACCACGCGGUCGAUAGAGCAGCUGUCCAGUUUGGAAGCCUUGGCCUAAAUGGAGAUGUGGAUGCUGAUGCUCUGGACGUUGAUGAGGAUAGGGAGGAGGCCGAGACAAGGACCCAACCACCCCAACAUUCCCCUGUCGCGCAACCGAGGGCUGCUCUGCCUCCGGCUCCUCGGCAUGCUCCUCCACCUUCUGAGACUCAGCCUCAAGAAACAAUGCCAACCCCGAAGCAAGCUCCAGGACUACCUCCAGUACCCCAGCAACAACCACCCCUUUCUCAGUCACCCUCCAAUCCGCUUGGUGCGCAGGCCAUGCAGAACCAAGGCUCACAGGGCAAUCAGCAGUACGGCCAGUUCGGUCGCUAUGGGCAGAGUGGCAUGCAGUCCGAGCCAUCGGCGCCCCCGCAGAAACCAUAUGACCCAUUUGGUCAACAGGCCCCGCAGCCCACCCAGUUCGACUAUGCAAACCAGCAGCAAAGUCAGAGUCAGACCCAGCAGCAGCAGCAGCAGCAACAACAACAACAACAGCAACAGCCUCCGCAGUCUCAGGCUGGAGCCCUCUCGUCGGCGCCGGAUAGUUUCGCCUCGCAGUAUUUCACCUCAGACCAACAGCGAGCGGCGUACCAGAACUACUAUCAAAACUACAGUCAGCAAAACGCCUCAACUCAACAGGAAGCUGGCUCCACACAGCCACGCACAGGCAGUGCAUUUGGCACCGGUCCCACUGACUCGACUUUCCCUCCGAGUCAGCAACAGCAGUCCCAGAGUCGUUAUAACGAGGCUCAGAACAGCGGUCAUACUACACCAAAUCCAACUUUGGGUGGGCAGCAUCCCAGUGGACCUGCUUCGCAGGCACAGCACAUGCAACAGCCUCAUGCUCAGCCUGGACAUACCGGUGGAUAUCCGUACAACCACCCGUACUACGGCACCCCAUACUAUGCUAGCUACAUGAACCAAUUCGGUAACUACGGACAGGGAGGUUAUGGCGGUUUUGGUGGUAACAAGGGCAUGUACGGUCAGCCUCACCACUACGGCAUGUCUCCCCAGACAUCAUUUGACCAGCAUUCAUCCUCGCCUGCUAACGCUGGUGGGUUUGGAGGAUCUUCGAUGCAUGGUCGUGAGAGCGGACUCGGAGGCGGACUUGGCGAAUACGGCAGGUCAGUAUCAGGUGCCUCGCAAAACCAGCAUAGCGCAACCUCUGGUGCUGGGUUUGGAGGCCUUCCGGAUAUGUUUGGGCGGUCCCAGGGAGGGUAUCCGAACCAGAGUUCUACUUAUGGCCAGCAACAGACCGCUCAACAAGGUGGUAACGAAGAUUCGUUAAAGCCUUUUAGCGACUCGAAGAGUGGUGGACCCAGCCCAUCUGCUCUCGGAGCCCAGCCUGGUCGACCUGGAUCUGCCACCAACAAUGCCCCUGGCCAGAGUGCGCAAGGGGGACUUCCUCCACAAUCUCAUCAACAAGGCUUCGGUGGCUAUCCGAGCCAUCUGAAUCAACUGCAAGGCGGUCAGGGUAACCAGUACGGCGGGCUUGGAGGGCUCGGUCACCAGGGUGCUGGAAGCCAUCAGCAGACAGGCGGCUAUGGUGGUUACGGUGGAUUUGGCGCUGGCGGAUAUGGCAGCUACAAUCGCGGCGGAUGGGGUACCAACUAUGGGCAGCAUUAAGCAAGCCAUUUCACAAGUAUCUUGUGAGAACAUUCGGUCUGGGCCCACUGCCAUUGCUAUUAUGGAAGAAACCAAGUCAGUAAACAUGGCGAGGGGUUUCUUCUACUACCACUUUUCCGAAUUGAUGGCAGGCAUACAAUUUUGUUGCCUUGUAUUAUGACGAACGGGUCGUUUUCCACACUUUUCCCCUCUUACUCCUCUCUCUCUCUCUCUCACACACACGCACACAC